AUGGCCACUCCACGCCGCGAGUUCCGCCAUCCUACAGCGGAGGACGAUUUCAUGGCCGUCGCCACUUACGACCAAGAACAACGUCUUCGGGAGGCCGAAACAGAACCCACUCAUGACUGGAGAGCCGCACAGAUUCGUCGCCUCGCGAAUCGAGUCGAGAUGUUCAACUCUGAGCGCGGUGAUAUGCAGCAGCGCACCGGCAAGGGGCCAGGUUCUCUCACCACCCUCCCUUCCGGCGUCGCUACACUCAAGCUACGCCACUCCGUUCGAUGCUGCGUGAUGUCCUUGGGGUUCUCCACUCCUAUGCACCAGACUUGGGAUGAUUUCGUCGAGUCCAAGACCUCUGCGCAGCACGUCCACACCUACAAGCUCCAGGAGAUCACCCGAAACCUCAAGACGGUGGUGAUUGACGAACCUCAUGUCCAUCAGAGUAGCUUUCGCCAGAAACAAAUGAGCGAGUGGUGCAUCAUCUGUCACGAUGAGAGAAUUGUCGUUGGAGGCGAAGCGCCCUGCGGGCAUGUGUGCUGUGCUCUCUGCAUGGUGACUACCGUCUUGGAGCUGAAGAAGUGUCCAAAAUGCAGGCACGAAGUCACGUUUGAAGAGCUGCUGUGCUGA